AUGGCCCAUGGCUUCGAUAGACUGGAAAGAUUCUUCGGUUCCACUAGGAGGAAAGACAAGACUUUACAAGAGCAACUCGCUGCUAGGAGGAAGGUUUCGGUCGUUUAUUCGCCAUUUCCAGCAGGCCAAGCGCCAACGAGCAAUGGGAGCUCGCUGUUCCCAUCUCCGCCGUUCAUGAAGCCCACCUCGGCUCGCAUGCAACCAAGAGACCCAACCUAUGAGAAACUUUUCGAGGAGGAAGGGGGACCUGUGCUAACCCUUGGGAAGAAACGAUCGCAGAGCUUGCCAAAUGUGCAAAAUCAACUGCGAAAAUGCUCUUCCUCGUACAUGACAUCAGAGACUGAACGGAAGACUAGAAGUUACGAAACUCACCGGCCGUCAUCCUUUGCGCUCAGUCAACAACCAGAGUCCCCUCAGCGGCCGGCGGCUUUCCGCUUCCCAGAAGACUCAUUAUUCCGUCCUGCAGACAGCAUCAGUCCAACAAAACAUGUACCGCAGAUGAACAUACCAAGCAUGGGUACUACAUCAGUUGCUGCGAAGCAAAGUCACGAGCUCCUAGAUUGGACUCCUGCACAUAUAUCCUUGAUGUUCAAUCCUGCGGAACUCUCGUCCGUGAAUGAGAAUCUGGGGCUGAAUGCAAAGGACGACCUUGCAGAAUCACUGAUCUUGAUGCCGUCACCUUUGUUUACUUCACCUGAGAAGACGCCUCUAAAGUCAUCGCCAACCAGGCUUCCAAGGACCCCUAGUCCGCAGUGCGAAACCGUAUCAGAAGCGCACGAGUGGAGGUUCUCAUUGUUUCCGAAGCAAUAUUCCGUUCUGCAAAACACGGCGCCACAAGUCUAUUCGCCGCCUUCUUCAGAUAGUGAGGAGGAGUACCGUGCGAGGAUUAGAGAUCCAUCUCGAUCGCCUGGCAGAGUCGAUUCUCCAAGCAUUUACAGUGUCCAGUCUACCCCAGAAAGGGUUUACAGGCGCAAGAAUCGCGAUCCAAGACAAGAAAGUACCAGUCCACGGGAGACGUGGGGAGUCAGAGCCGGUGACCCUCUUCUUGGGUCCCCUGAAUCGAACGACAGCCCGCUCCCGCGUUCGCGAUUGAAGAAAACAGCGAGUGUGGCGAGCCUCUCUGAAGUCAAGUAUCAGAUUGCCCAGGAGCAAAUCUUGCAGGAGCCUACCAUCAAUGACAUCUAUGCAUUGAGCGAUGAAGAUAUUGCCGAAGGAGGACCGCCUCACCCACCACCCAGAGCUCCGCCGCCACCACCUCCUAAGGAUGUACCAAGGUCGAUACGGCACCACCAAUCGGCAAGAUCAGUUGUACGCGCACACCAGGCACUCAACCUUCCUGCGGGAGAGGUGACUCCGCCGGAAACACCCACGGAUCCACAGUUUCUCAUCCCAAUGCCGGCCAGUCACUCAAUUGGAGAACUCGGGGCCAUCAUGGCAGCCGGUAUCGCCAAGAAAUACAACUUUGAUCUCGUUUAUCUAGUCAGCGUAUGGCCCAGUGGAGGUGGGAAUCACCUAGAUCCAUCCAUAACAUCUCACAUAGGCUCCCCACCUCAGUCUGCCACCCUUGCCAAAUCUCUACAUGCAAGCACGGGAUCCAGUGUGACUGGGCGGUACCUAGCAGCGUUCGGGCUUGCGGCGGAACCGCCAAUGCGGAUACAUACUCGGGUCCUCCUCAAGGCACUCCAAGCAGCUGGAUGGAGCGAGUAUGAACACCCUACCGAGUCUAUGUCCUACGGAUGGACUCAGUCUUUCCACACUGAUCAACUAUCAUUUCAACGGGAUGAUGCCGGUCCGAGGGCUUUGAAAUGGAACGGGAACCGAGGGAUUGUUUUUGCAGGCUAUUGCAAGCACCCCAACGAGAUUGCCACCGCGACUGAAUUGUCGCGAAAGCAGACUCUGCUCGAUGAGCUUCACACUGACGUCAAGCUCCUUGUCGACACACUCAUGGAGAGGACAUGA